AUGGCGUGGCCCUGCAUCACCCGUGCCUGCUGCAUCGCCCGCUUCUGGAACCAGCUGGACAAGGCGGACAUCGCCGUCCCCCUCGUUUUCACCAAAUACUCGGAGGCCACCGAGCAUCCCGCCGCCCCCGCGCCCCCGCCGCGCCCCGCGGCUCCCAUCGAGACCCAGCCCGGCGGCGAGGCGGCUGCGGGGGCCGGAGGGGCUGAGCCGGCUCCCGGUCCCGCCCGGCCCGGCCCGGCCCCGCACGGCUCUCCCCCGGCCGACUCGGUCAUGCGGCAUGACUACAAGCCUUGGAAGGUGCAGCGGCCGGAGCCGAGCUGCAAGCCCAAGAGCGAGUACCAGCCCUCGGACACUCCCUUCGAGAAGGAAACGCAGUAUCAGAAGGAUUUCCGUGCCUGGCCCAUCCCCAAGCGGGGCGACCAUCCCUGGAUCCCCAAACCGGGACCUUCCCCCGUCCUGGCCCUGGACCGCGCUCCCCCGGAGAAGCCGGCUCAGGAGAAGCGGAGGAAGGUGCGCCUCGCUCCCGAGAAAAAAGAGGAGCACCCCGAGGUGGAGGAUGAGCAUCUCAAAACAGCGCUGCCCGGGGAUGGGAGAGAGAAGGGUCGGAAGAAGGCGGAGGAGGCGGGCGGGCAGCCGGCGGAGCCGAGCAGGGGCCGGGCGGCUGCCGAUGCUGUCAAUAGGCAGAUCAAAGAGGAGGUGGCGGCGGGGGUCAGCUCGUCCUACAGAAAUGAGUUCAGAGCCUGGAUAGAUGUCAAACCCGUGAAAGCGAUAAAAGCAAAGCCCCAGUACAAGCCACCAGAGGAGAAAAUGACCCAUGAAACCAGCUACAGUGCUCAGUUCAAGGGGGAAACCAGUAAGCCUUCUCCAGCUGAUAACAAAUACCUGGAACGCAGAAGGAUACGCACUCUCUACAGCGAACCUUACAAAGAACCUCCAAAGGUGGAAAAGCCUAGCAUAAAGCCUUCCAAACCAAAAAAGACCACAACAAGCCAUAAACCUCUGAAAAAGGCCAAAGACAAGCAGAUUGCAUCUGGCCGGGCUGCCAAGAAAAAGAGCGCCGAGACCUCCAACACUGCAAAGCCAGAGGAUAAGGAGAAAAGUAAAGAGAUGAACAAUAAACUGGCUGAGGCAAAAGAGACCCCUGAAAAAAACACGGGUGCUACAGACCAAGAACCAAGUACCUUAGUGCAGGACCAACUCACAUGA